UCGACUGCGCGUCUCGGUUCUUUUCGCUGGUGACAAUAAAAUCCUUUUCGAUAUCCUCGAUACGAAUAGGUUCCGAGUGUGCGUUUGGUGCGAAUAGCGAGUGCCUGGCCGUAGUGCAAUCUGUCGGUCAAAAUGUCGGUUCCACCGAUAGCCGCUGCGCAGCAGUAUGCUCCACCGAUGGUGUCCCACUUCAACAUACCACCGCCGGGUUUUGCGACCGGUGCUGCCGCGUCGGGUGCACCAGGACCGGGCGCUUCGGCGGCGGUAGCAGCAGCGGUCGCACUAGCGGCCGCCAACGGGGCGGUGCUGGAUCCAAACGCGGUCGCAGCGGCACCCGUCGGUCCGGGAAUCGCGCAACCGACGGGGAUUGUUAGUGAGUGGUCCGAGCACAAGACACCGGAAGGGCGCACGUACUUUUACAACAGUAUCACCAAGCAAAGCUCAUGGGAAAAGCCGGAGGAGCUUAAAACACCCGCCGAAAAGCAACUGAGUCAGUGCCCCUGGAAGGAGUACCGUUCGGAUGCGGGAAAGCUGUACUACCACAAUACCAACACGAAGGAAUCGCAGUGGGUUGCGCCACCGGAAUUUCUGGAGCUAAAAGAGAAAGUUGCCGCGGAACAGGCGGCCGCCGAGGCUGCAAAAGCUGCUGCCCUUAAAACAUCUGCCAUGGCCAGCAGUAUGCUAAUGCAGUCGGUUGUGCUGCCAGUGAUGUCGCCGGCUAUUGCCGGUACAACGGCAAAUACUGCCUCCGGUGGAUCCGUCUCCGGGGACGUUUCCACACUUGCGGGGGUAACACCCGGAUCGGCGGAGAAUUCAUCUUCCGCCCUCGACCAAGCGAUGGCCGCGACACUGGCAGCGAUCGAGGUUCCCGACGAUCCGAUCGACAAGAAGGACGACGAAUCACAGCCGGGCCCAACCGAGGAGGAACCAGUGAUGGAAUUCAAGGAUAAAAAGGAGGCCAUUGAGGCGUUCAAGGAGUUUCUGAAAGAGCGCAACAUUCCCUCGAGCUCGUCCUGGGAGCAGUGCGUGAAGAUCAUUCAGAAGGAUCCGAAAUUUAGUGUGUUCAAAAAGUUGAGCGAGAAAAAGCAGGCAUUCAACGCUUACAAAACACAAAAAAUUAAAGACGAACGCGAAGAACAGCGGCUGAAGGCGAAGCGGUCGAAGGAGGAGCUAGAAAAGUUUCUCAUGUCGUCGGAUAAAAUGAACUCCACGCUCAAGUUCUACCGGUGCGACGAACUGUUUGCCAAUUUGGACGUGUGGAAGUCGGUUCCGGAGCAGGAUCGAAGGGACAUCUACGAAGAUUGCAUUUUCAACCUGUCCAAACGGGAAAAGGAAGAGGCAAGAGUGAUGAAGAAACGGAACAUGCGUGUCCUGGGCGAACUACUCGAAGCGAUGACGACCGUUAGCUAUCAGACGACGUGGUCCGAGGCGCAGGUAAUGCUGCUGGACAAUGCUUCCUUCAAGAACGACGUCAACCUGCUCGGCAUGGACAAGGAGGAUGCACUGAUCGUGUUCGAAGAGCACAUUCGAGGGUUGGAGCGAGAGGAGGACGAGGAGAAGGAGCGCGAAAAGAAGCGCAUGAAGCGACAGCAACGGAAAAAUCGCGACCAGUUUCUUGCCCUGCUCGACACACUACACGAGGAGGGUAAACUUACCUCGAUGUCUCUCUGGGUCGAACUGUACCCGCUCAUAUCGGCCGAUCUGCGCUUUUCCGCCAUGCUCGGUCAGCCCGGUUCAACACCGCUCGAUCUGUUCAAAUUUUACGUGGAAAAUUUGAAAGCACGGUUCCACGACGAGAAGAAGAUCAUCAAGGAAAUUCUGCGCGAAAAGGAGUUUGUUGUCGUGCGCACGACAACGUUCGAAGACUUUGCGACAGUCGUGUGCGAGGAUAAGCGAUCGGCCACACUCGAUGCGGGGAACGUCAAGCUGACGUACAAUUCGCUGCUGGAGAGAGCGGUCGCGGCGGAGAAGGAACGGUUGAAGGAGGAAACGCGUCGCAUCCGGAAGAUGGAAAAUGAGCUCAAGGGUCUGUGGAUCGAUGCCGGUCUGUCGGCGAUGGACAGCUGGGAGACGGCACAGAAGAUUGUGAUCGACCACGAGGUGUACGAUCUGUACGAGAAGGAGGACAAGGUGGAGCGAUUGUGGGAAGAUUUUGUCAAGGAAACGGAAGACUCCUGCAGCCACCACCAUUCGCGGUCGAAAAAGUCGAAAAAAGCGCGAAAGCACAAGAAAAAGUCUCGCUCAUCUUCGAAAUCGCUUUCUGAACCAUCGGACAUAGAGUACGAAAAACCUGCAUCUACUAAGAAGAAACGUAAAUCACGCUCUCGUACCCCGCUAUCCGCGAGUGAGCUGUCCGAAAGCGAGCACGAGCCGGCACACCAUGACCACGAUCAGCAAGUACUUUUGCACGAUCAGCACCACAGCGUCGAGCGGCAGGAAAGGAAGCGCAAGAAGAAGAAAAAACACCACCGCAGCAGACCAUCGCGGUCACCCUCGUACGACGAGAUGUUGGUGAUGGAGAAAAACGGUGCUUCCCGGUCACGAACCCCCUCGCCAGAGAUCGAAAAGAAGAAGAAAAAGAAAGAUAAGAAGAAGAAAGACAAACGAAGGUCAUCGCGAUCGGUCAGUCGGGCCAGCAGUGGUGGCGGACGAAUUCGAAGCCCACCGGAGGACGAUGGACCGCGCAGCGUCGAGGGUAGCCGGUCAUCGAAGAUGGCAGACGAUGCGGCGCUCAGCGAGUCGGAGCUGGAAUCGCAGCGAGCGGCUCUGCUAGCGCAGCUGAACGAGCAGAUGGAUGAGUAGUAUAAGGCCGUGGAGAGGAAGGGCAAAAGGCGGGGAAAACCAUAAGGAAGGGACGGGUUUGAUUUGAAGUUCGGCGGGAGACGCGUCGAACAGGAAGCCACAAACUACUGAAAACAAAAAAAAUGUGGCUUAGUGCGAUUUAGCGGAGUGUGAAUAAUUAAUUGAAAUCUAGAAUAGAGAGAGUUUCGCGCUAUCUCUUAAUAAGUAAGUAAACAAUUGCAGUAAACGAAACGUAAGCAACCGCGUACCCGCGCCCAUAAGUCCCUCAAAUCUGUUUCUUUUUUGUCCCUCGCGGAGUGUGUAUAUUAUAUGCAAACGUUGUCUAUAAAAUCCUACACAUACAUACGUCUCCUA